AUGCCUCUACCCAUCAUCGCAUCUCCAAAGUCUCGCCUCAAUUGCACAGCUCCCCUGGAAGUAACCAGACUCGACACAAGCUCCCCUAAAUACUGGAACAGCAACAUAGCGGAUACCCUCCUCACCAACAGCACAAUGUGUCAGAUGGUCGUAUUCUGGCACGCCUGCACCCACCUGAUCGUCUCCUAUAUGACCUGCGCAUUCGAAGAGGCCCGAAACCACAAAGAACAGACCGCAACCACAGCGCUCAUCGACACCGACUGCUGGAUAUGCCAACAGCAUCAGAAAUACCCAUCCUGGGGCGCAUCAACCACAAUGCAGCGUCUGCUCAUAACCGUCCAGAACAUGGAAUACAUCCUCGGGGUUUCGGCAGAUGAAGAAGGGUUCCUGGAUAUGGUGGCCCGGUUUUACGCCCGAGGCGACCACAAGCGCUGGAUGCAGCCGGGUGUCGCGAAGGCAAAGUAUACCAAGGACGAUCCGUAUGUCCGCGGCUUGGAGGUCCAGUCGUAUCUUUGUACUCGGGGUCAGCGGGAUUUUCACAUGAAUCCGGGUUAUGCGUUUGAUGUUCUAUUUGCGUUGAUGAAGCACUGGGAUCGCGCGGACUACUCGGAUCUCAAUUGGUCUAUGACGGGGUAUCGGCCGGCGAGUGAUUUCUUCUAUGUUUCGUCUAGUAUGAUUGGGAUGUUGGCUGAUGGGUAUGGGGGUGAGCAUAGACAGAGGACCGGGGGCAAGCAUGUGGCACAGCGAUCUCACUGCUUGUCUAAUGAUGGUGGUGGUGGUGUAGUGAUGCCGACGACACAGUCUACAAUGGCAUCGUUUGAGGCAGAGAUGGGCUUGGGCCAUCUGAGAACCGGGUCGUACUCACAGGGUCUCCCUACUCUGGACGCUCAGACUAGCUCGUUUCAUAACGUUAAUGGUAAUCCCGGUUCACUACUUCCACGGCGUCCGUGCGAGGCGCUCAAUGGACCCCCCGUCGCUAUGAAUCAGUUCCCUCAGCUUAUCCUCCGUCCCUUGUCCCCGCUCGGGGAGCCUGGACCUUCAAUCGAGAAUCUCAAUCACCCCAGGGCACUGGACGAGAGAGCAGGCCAUCAUGCACGUACAACCACUCUCUUUCAUCCAAUCUUCUCCGCCGAAUAUGACGGGGAUAUCCACACAAAUGAGACAUUCCAAGAGUUAGAUCUCCAUCACCACACCAGAUCCAAUUCAUACGCCUACAAUAACACCCUCUCGACGGAAAAUACACCAUACGAGAGCACUACCACACCCUACACUGACCCUUCCCCAUCAAACGAAUCCCCCAGACACUCAUCCAAGAACCACGAUCCACCAGAAGACCUCGACAUGCUCCUCUUCUCGCCAACACCGGGACUCGCCACCAUUGACCCCAGCAUGCUCAACCUGGAUUCCCCCGACCAAUUGCAUCUCCCCGACGACGGAACCUGCGGCACCGGAAAAGGCAAACAACCUAUCAGAGAUAUCUCGCAACUGCACCCCCGUGGCUUUGUCUUCCCGGACAUUAUGGAUAUUAGUCACAGCUAA